AUGUACAUCAAACAGAUUGUCAUUCAAGGAUUCAAGUCUUAUAAAGACCAAAAUACGAUUGAGCCAUUCAGUCCAAAACAUAAUGUUAUUGUUGGAAGAAACGGUUCAGGCAAAAGUAACUUCUUUUCAGCUAUCCGUUUCGUUCUAGGCGAUGCCUACCAAAAUCUGAGUAAAGAAGAAAGACAAGCAUUACUUCAUGAAGGAGUAGGCACUGCUACUAUUUCUGCCUUUGUUGAAAUCAUUUUUGAUAACUCUGACAAUCGAUUUCCUACUGGAAAAGAAGAAGUUAUUUUGCGUAGAAGUAUUGGCUUGACACUGGAUGAAUAUUCACUCGAUAGAAAAAGCGUUACUAAAACAGACGUCUUGAACCUUUUGGAAAGUGCUGGUUUCUCUCGUUCUAAUCCUUAUUACAUCGUGCCACAAGGAAGAGUUACUUCAUUAACAACUGCCAAAGACGAAGACCGAUUAAAGCUUUUGAAGGAAGUCGCUGGUACACGUGUUUAUGAACAAAAACGCGAAGAAAGUAAUAAAUUGAUGCAGGAAACAAAUGCUAAACGUGCAAAGAUCGAAGAAGUACUAAAGUACAUUGAGGAAAGAUUAAGUGAACUUGAAGCAGAAAAGGCAGAGCUUUCAGAGUAUCAAGAACUAGACAAUAGUCGACGCUCUAUUGAGUACACCAUUUAUGCUCGUGAGCAAACAAGCGCCAGUCAUCGAUUGGAAGAACUGGAAGAAGAGAGAAGAAGAGCGAUUCGCAAGAAUGAAGAAAUUGAAGAGCACCAUUACAGGGGCGAGCAAAAGUUAAAAGAACUCGAGGAUCAACUACGUGACGCAAGGCAAACAAUUCAGCUUCACGAUCAAGAAAAGAAGGAUUUGCUAGAAGAGCGUAACGAGCUGAUGAAAGUAAGAGCACGCCUCGAGCUUUUGAUCAACGACUUACAAGAUUCCCAAAUAUCAGACGAGGAGUAUAAGGCCGAUAUUGCCAACAGACUUGGCCAGUUAGAAGAUUCAAUGUCACAAAAGCAGAGUGAAAUUGAUACUAUAACUCCUCAGUACACUGAAUUGAAUGAAACGGCUAAGCAAAUUCAACAAGAAUUGAGAACACUCGAAGCAGAACAGGAUCAUCUGCGUUUAAAACAGGCUAGAUUAACAAAAUUUGCAAGCAAAGAAGAAAGAGACAGCUGGCUUAAUGCGCAAAUACGUGACAUUACCGAGAACUUGACGAUUCGACAGAACCAGCUCAACAUAUUAAUUGAGGAAAAAAAGGCAGGAGAAGAGGAACUGCUGUUCAAGACCCAAGCUAUUGACGAGCUCAAGGAAAAAAAUAUGGCACGAUUUAAACUUCGUCAGGAGUUAGAAAACGAAGAAUUCAGCUUAAAGACAGAGCGAGAUGAGGCUACAGAAGAAAGAAAGAAUCUUUGGCGUGAAGAGGCUAAACUAGACACUUUGAUUCGCAAUUAUAGUGACGAGAUCCGUAAGGCUGAAAGGACUUUAUCAAGCACCAUCGAUAGAAAUACAAGUAUCGGCUUGUCUGCUAUUAGCCGUAUUGUUCAACAACACAACAUUCAAGGAGUGUAUGGCCCCGUAUUUGAAUUAUUCGACUGUGACCCACGAUUUACUACUGCUAUCGAUGCCACUGCUGGAGCAAGUCUGUUCAAUGUUAUCGUUGAUACAGAUGAAACGGCAACGAAGUUAUUGGAAGUAAUGAACAAGGAAAAAUCUGGAAGAGUCACUUUUAUUCCUUUGAACCGUGUAAAAUCUAGAACAGCAGAAUAUCCCAAUAGUACAGAUGCUAUUCCUAUCCUUAACAAGCUUAAAUACGAUGCGCGAUACCAACAUGCAUUUGAACAAAUAUUUGCCAACACCAUCGUAUGCCCCAACCUGGAAGUUGCCGCCAGUUAUGCAAAAUCACACCGCCUUGUCGCAGUCACUCUCGACGGUAGCCGUGUUGACAGCCGUGGUGCUUUAACAGGUGGUUAUGUCGACAGCAGACGUUCUCGUUUAGAUGCUGCAAAGCGUCUAAGAGAAGUACAGACACAGUAUAAUGAGGCUAAGGAACGACUUGAGCAAGUCAAGCAACAAAUUGUUCAAGCUGAUCAAAAAGUCACUCGCAUCGUGAGCGACUUACACGCCUUGGAACUAAGAAAAAAGAAGACCGAAUUCUCUGAUUUAUCGCAAAAUUAUGAGAGUCGCUUAAGAAAAGAGGAAGAGUUACUCAAGAUCAAACUGGCUACGAAAACAAGAAAUAUCGAAAGCAUACAAGUCCAUGGUCAGCUUUUGGAGAAACAAUUGAUCAGCUACCAGAAUGAACUUGCCACUGAUUUGAGCAAAUUGCUAUCCUCCGAGGAAAGAGAGAUCCUGGAUAGGAACGCUGUUCAGAUGGAAGAACUUCGUAGAAGAUUAACAGAGACAGCAAAUCAAAGAGCAGAUCUUGAAAGCCGCAUUAAUGUCUUAAAGGAAGGAUUAAAUGCGGACUCUUUACGUAAAAAGGAUUUGUUGAGUAAAAAAGAAAGAGUGAUUGUAAAGGGAAGCUUGGAUGAGCUCAACAGAAGACGAAAUGAGCUCAAGAUGGUAACAAAGAAACUUGGCAGAUUAACAAAGCGUAUUGAGGAUUUGGAUACUGAAGUUGACCAGCUACUGGAGGAAGACGUAAAGAUAACGGAAAAGAUUGAAAGUGCAAGAGACGAGAUUAAAAAAUACACACGUUACAUGAGUGAUAUUGAAAAGGAUUUGGAACGCAACUUCUUGAAGAGAUCAUUACUCAUACAAAAGAAAGAAGAAUGUAAUACCAACAUUCGUGAUCUUGGUGUAUUGCCAGAUGAAGCAUUCCAGAAAUACAAUAAUUUACGUAUUGAAAAGCUGCUUAAGCAACUGCACAAGAUUAACGAGAAACUAAAAAAAUACAGUCAUGUGAAUAAGAAGGCGUUUGAACAGUAUGGAAGAUUCACAAAGCAGAGAGAUCAGUUGACUGCUCGUAAAAAGGAACUGGAUAAAUCAGGCGUAUCCAUCAGUCAGUUGAUUGAAUCAUUAGAUCGUCGCAAGAAUCAAGCCAUUGAGCGAACAUUUAAUGAUGUUGCAGCUAAUUUUGCACAAAUUUUUGAAACUUUGGUUCCUUCUGGUCGCGGUGAGCUUAUAAUUAAAUCAGAUCUACAACAAGACGUUGACAUGGAUGGCAAUAGCAGCUCUGUUGAUAGAUUCAGUGGUGUUUCUAUUAAAGUAUCGUUCAACAGCAAAUCGGAUGAAGGCUUAAUUAUGCAGCAGCUAUCUGGGGGUCAAAAAUCUCUUGUGGCAUUAGCCUUGAUCUUUGCUAUCCAACGAUGUGACCCUGCGCCCUUUUAUCUGUUUGACGAAAUUGAUGCCAACUUGGAUGCACAAUAUAGAGCAGCUGUGGCAGAGAUGAUACAUAAGCUUAGUGAAAAUGCACAAUUCAUCACUACUACUUUCAGACCCGAACUGGUAGCCAAUGCAGACAAGUUUUACGGUGUUGCCUUCCAAGGCAAGGUAUCACGUAUACAUGCUAUUGCAAAGGAGCAUGCGCUUGAAUUUGUUGAACAAGAACAACAUCAUUAG